AUGUCAGACAACCUCCCACAAGAAAGAAAGCCCCUGCGCAAGCUGGACUUUGGAUUCCUCCCGAUCCCGCCUUACUUGCGGCAUAAUCCAGAUGCACCCUUUGAACUCAGCAUCCCGCACACUGUCAUAUUCGGAUUCGCGAGUACCUUCAGUAUGAAUCUAUACUACUGCCAACCAAUACUUGUGCAACUCGCGGACGAGUUCAACGUCGACUACGUCGAGGUUUCACGAAUCCCCAGCUUACUGCAAGCAGGGUAUGCAGUCGGAUUGACCCUACUCUCUCCUCUGGGAGACCUGAUUCGCCGCCGCCAGUUCCUCUUCCUCCUAAUGAUCGCAUCCGCAUCACUGAGCAUCGGGCUCGCCAUAACCCGCUCUCUCGUCGCGUUCGAGACCAUAUCGUUCUUCGUCGCCGUCUUCUCCGUCACGCCGCAGAUCCUCAUUCCCUUAACAGCAGAGCUCGCGCCGCCCCAGCGGCGCGCGUCGUCCAUCGCGAUUGUCCUCAGCGGGCUCCUCAUGGGUGUCAUGCUCGCGCGCGUGCUCUCCGGCAUCAUCGCCGAGUUCUCCAGCUACAAGAACAUCUACUGGAUGGGCGUCGGCGGCCAGUACCUCCUGCUGCUAGUGCUGUACUUCGUGUGCCCGGACACGCCGCCGAAGAACCCGCAGCUGACGUAUCUGCAAAUUCUGUACACGAUGGCCAAGUUCGCGGUGACGGAGCCGCUGCUCGUGCAGGGCGCAAUCCUGUUCUUCGCGGACAGCGCGAUAUACAGCGCGUUCUGGGUUACGCUGACGUUCCUCCUCUCGGACGCCCCGUACCACUACAACACGCUGGAGAUCGGGCUGUUCGGGCUGGUGGGCAUGUUCGGUAUCGCGAUGGCCCCGCUCGUGGGGCGCGCGAUCGACCGCCUGCUCCCCUGGACGGCGACCCUCUUCUCGAUCAUCCUCAUCAUUGUGUCCAUGGCCAUCCAGACCGCCGCGGGGGGCAUCAACAUCGGCGCGGUCAUUGUGGCGAUAUUCGUUCUCGAUGUUGGGGCUGAGGGCCUGCAGGUGUCUGUCACGAACGUGGUGUUUGGGAUCAACCCAGAAGCGCGCGCGCGCCUCAAUGCAGUGCUCAUCCUAUCGAUCUUCCUCGGCCAAGUAAUGGGCACCGCAGUCGGCACGCGCGUGUUCGUCGAGGGCGGCUACCGCGCAACGGGCGGGUUCUGCGUCGCCCUCGGCGCGCUCAACCUCGCCGUGCACCUCCUGCGCGGCCCGCACGUCCCCGCGCGCGCGUGGCUCGGCUGGGCGGGCGGGUGGUCGCUCACCAAGACGGCGGCGGAGGAGCGACAGGAGAAGGCCAUCGAGAUGGCGGAGAUGCCGAGCACGAGUCCUCAGCACGGGACGGCCGAGGUGGGCGGCGACGGGGGCCAUGCGCGGAUGUCGUGGGUGGUGAGGAAGGCGAGCUCGGUGUUUGGGGGGAAAGAGAAGAGGGGGUUGGAGGGGGUCCAGGAGGGCGGAGAGGAUAAGGCGUAA